UCUCACAAAUGAUGAAUUUUAAAUUUUACAGGGCAGGUAAUUCCACUUUGAUGGAUGAACUCAAAAUUCAACUUCCCAGCAAACCAAGUACUAUCGUUCUCUCUGUCGGAGGAGGAGGGCUUCUACUGGGCGUGCUUCAGGGCCUUGAAAGACACGGUUGGAAAGAUGUGCCUGUAGUGGCGAUGGAAACAUAUGGAGCUCACUGCUUCAAUCUGUCUGUCAAAGCCAAGAAAAUGGUAGCACUUGAGAAAAUUACAAGUGUUGCCAAGUGUCUGGGAGCACGUACUGUGGCACCACAUCUUCUCGAGGCACUUCCGCAAUUCAACGUCAUUUCUGAAGUUGUGACAGAUGCACAAGCCAUCAAAAGUUGUAUAAAGUUUGCAGACGAUGAACGGACAUUGGUGGAACCUGGAUGUGGAGCCACACUAUCUGCUGUAUACUGUGGUGUAUUGGCAAGACUGCAAAAUGAAGGGUUCCUUCCACAGCUGACAACAGGUCCAGUCGUUGUAAUAGUAUGUGGAGGGAACGGAGUGUCGCUCCAUCUGCUGCAGGACUGGGCCGCAACUUUUAAUCUUGAAUUCCCAUCACCUUGAGUUUAAUAGAAAACUGCCUCCUUCUUGAGAAGCUAGCAGUUACUUGGCUGGUCAAGAAAUUUCCCCCAAAAUCCAUUUUUUUUUAUAUUUUUAUGAGUACCCAAGAGGUAAUUUUCAUUAUACCUAUACUAGUCAAAAGGCCAACUGUAAUUCAAUAGAGAGUAACAUUUUGCAUCUCCAUCCCUUACCCAGUUUAUUCCUUUUACGUGUCCUUUCUUCCAGUUUCAACUUAGAACAACGCAUAUCAUCAAAACAUUUCUAUCACCCAUACAGGAGUAAUUCUAAAAGCUGUCUAAUGGUAGCAGUAUUUAUAAAGUACAACUUUCUGCUAUCUCACAUCAUGCUGAGAAAUUUCAGGCCAAUUUCAGCGCACCGAAACACAUGUCAAAGCAACAUCAAACUGGGCUUUAUAUAAUGCAGAUGAUGUCAAUUUAAAGUCUGAAAUGGAUUCUGAACUAUAGUGAGGACGUGGUGUUUCUGACAUUUGGUAUUUUGAUUCUGUAACUGGUAAGGGCCUUUGGUAUCUGCGUGUUUAAAAAAAACAGUGGGGUCUGGGCAGUCUCAAACCAAAAUUUGGUAAAAACACUACUUAAAUUAAAGUUGAAGUUUCAGAAAAGAAUAAUAAUAAUAAUAAUUACCACUAUUACUGUGCUAAAAUUGUGAAAAGUGACAUUAACUAUGUUUGUCUUCCUUUCCCAUAUGACACAAAAGCAUGAUGUGGUAUUGCUUAAACUGGUAUAUUUUACACAAAAAUGACUAUUUGCCAGUUGUCAUUGAAUGAUACAUUAACUGACUGACUCUGCUGAAAAUUCGCGGCAUGGUACUAAUCAUUCACAAUCUCCUUGUAAAACUUCAAAAAUAUUUUAAAAUUCUCCUGAUGUACAUUUAAUAUUAACUUUUCCACUCAUGUUUAAGUUUUACAAAAUUUUGGUUAGAAAACUUGAAGGGACGAGACUACUCAGAAGACUGAGGCAUAGAUGGAAGGAUAAUAUUAAAAUGGAACUUAGAUAAAUUUGGUUGAAAGAUGUGAAAUGGAUUUAUCUGGGUGGGUGCGGAGGUCAGUGGCAGGAUCUUGAGAACACGGUAAAGAACCUUCACAUUCCAUAAAAUCUUGGUAAUAUCUUGACUACUUGAGCAAACUAUUAGCUUCUCAAGAAGGCCUUGGCUCCAAGGAGUUAAUUAUGUGCUGGUGAAGUAUCACAAUUUAAAUGUAAACAUUUACAAGAGACAAAAAUGACCCAGUGACUGGAUGAGCAAAGGAUAGCGUGAUCUCAUGUGUAAAAUACAUACAACUGUCAAAAGACACAUGACCCUGACGGAGACAGAAUUUUUCUUAGAAUAAAAUAUUAUCAUAUGAUCACAAACUGUCAAGACAGUUUCACAAGGAAGUUUAUAAAUGCAAAAUAUUUGCUUACUUCCAAAACCAUGUGAAUCUGAAUAACAAAACUGUCCAGGAGACACUAAAUAUGCCGAACAACCAAUAUUUAAUUACGGCAUACGAGGUUUUUAACACGGCUGUUAGGGGUGCUACUAUCAAAUUAAAGUAACAAAUCAUUCUCAACACAGACACUUCAUUUAGUCACGCAUUAUAAAUGAUAAAAUUCAGACACACAUGUUUUUAAAAAGCAAACUAAUGAUGUAUUGGUAAACUUAACACAUUCACUGUCAAAACUUCAAAAAAUUGACAUUUUACAUUUAUUGGAUAGACUUUUAACACUGGCAGUUCCAAAUCCCCCGAUUCAGCAGACCGUUCCUUAUAACUUAAAUGAUCCUGAGAAGAUGAUGUCAUAUGUAAGAUCAUGUGAAUUCUGCGAAAGUACAUUCAUGGAAACAAAAAGUGAAGUCAAACUGCACGGAAUAUACCGAUCAGUAACUUUUAUAUUACCAUAAACAAGAAACUAAAGUAAGUUGUAGGAUUUAUUCUUCUGUGCUCCAAAAUGCAAUCUCUUUCAUUAAUGACAAGUCAAUCGUGUUUAUUACACAGAGAAUGAAGGAAUUAAUCAGCAAAGGCUGUUACGUAUGACAUCAUAUACUCAAAAACUGCUAAAGAUGUAAAAUGUUCCCUUUUUUCCCUCAAAGGAAACUUCAAGAGAGAAACAAACAUUGUUUUGGUUUUAUUCCCUCAGACAGCACGAAGCCCUAGCCGCGGACAUUCCUGGCAUUUAAUUACAGCCUGCUUUUAAAUGCCGACUGUGAACGUGUUAAGAACUUCCUGUGCAGUUAACUACACUGGUAAUGGAUAACUGUCAGGACAAUAAACAAAGAUGGGCUUUACAACCAUCAAGGUCAUAACAUAACCCAUCUUCAUUGUAUAAAUUAUGAUAAUGCUAAUUACAAAUAACAAAAUAUAAUUUAUAUAUAAUACAUCACAAAUAAUUUAUGAUAAAUAAUGAAUGCAAGUAAAAUACAAGAUAUAUCAGUAUAAUUGUGUUAUAUAAAGUUUAUAAUUACACAUUUUUCAAGUUUUCUGCUACACAACCUAAAACCAUAUCUGAUCAGAAGUCAACACAUUUGGGGGUUAAAACAUUUAAAUGACAUUCUUUCAUCAUCUUAUAAACAACAAAAACCAUUAAACCACAUUAUACAAUAUAAUUUGUUUCCAAAAAAAUUAAACUCACCUCUGUUAUCUAAUAGUAGGACAUCAACUAUCCAUUCAAUGUUAUAAUACAGUUUGUUUCUUUUGUUUCAACGGCACUUCGGCAGUCAUACUGAAAUAAAUACUGCACCAACAUAA